UGGCCACGUUAAUUUUAAUUUUCAUUAUUUAUUUUUACUGGGUGGGGUUAAUAUUUUCACAUUUACAUUGUCUCAGACGGCGGAACACUCAAGAGUCUUCUUUAAGCCUAUCAGACUCACAGCUUCCACCGCCACGAUUCUGAUAAAGCCGGGGAAAAUGGGGAAAGAAAGGAGCAGUAACACUCUAGCUUCACAGCCAAAGACGGUGGAAAAAGCGCAUCUAACCUACCUGGAGAGUGAAUACUUCCACGAUUUGCUGUUUCUGGCCAACCACGCAUCAGCCGUUAUUUACCGAGAAGUGGUGGCGGCGCCAGAGGAGUCUUUGACGGGAAGAGUUGAAAAACAUGCAUGUAAGCAGCGAGAAGCUGGUGGUGAAGGAAGAAGUUACUUUGGGUUACCCAAAAACAUGGGGAGGAAGCAGGAGUUGUUGGUGCGACAAGCAGCACAAUUUGAAGAAACUAAACAUCCUCCUAGUGGUUGUCGGGAGGACAGACGGUUUGGGAAGAAGUAUGUCCGCCGGAAGAAAAGCAAGGAGCACAUGGAUGAUUCUACAUCAACUUUGGAUCUUGUCCAAAAACCGUCGUCACAAAGGGAAAAAGAGAUAUACAACAAUGCUGAAACUGGUUCAAAAUCUGAGCAAGUAGUAGCAGUGGGCGGACAAGAAGCUCCUUGCAGUGGGAUGAUGAAAAAAACUAGAGAACUAAAGAAGAACUUGGGCUCAUGUCUAAGUGAAACAAGACAAGGAAAGGAACGAGCUUGUGACCCAAUCUUCAGUGAUGCUUCUGUUUCAGAAAUUGAGGCGGAAGAAGAUAAUGAGGAGGCAGAAAACACCAUCUCUGAAGCUGCUUUGAACCAAGCCGUUUUGGGAUCUGAUGCUCCUGGUGUUGAAGAGGCGAUUGUUUCCGAGUCUGAAGAUUUUAUUCCUCUUCUUGAAGAGGCUAAUGACGAGAAGGAGGAGGGUGUUUCUAAUGCAUCUAGGUGCAACCAGUGGUGGAAUUUCAAAACUCGACCUCGUACAUCCAGAGGGGUAAGGAGACAUGUUCAAUGGAGAAACAAAAGGAAGAGAAACUGCAUGACGUUUGAAGAUACACAGCGCAACCACAAGAUUAUUCUCCUCGCUGUUGAAGCAAUUACACAUCAAUUGGGUCUCUUAGACGUUGGCAUGGAGGAGAAGAGCUCUUACGAGUAGUCCUCUUGUUUCAUAUUUUGUCAAUCUUAACUAGUCUACAGACUGCAUAGUCGUUAAGAAUGAUAUAAUCUUUACUAAAAAUAUAAUCUUUUUGAUGUUAUUAAAAUCCACUGUAACUUAAUAUUCUCGAUGUAUAAUCUUAGGUGAUAUAAAUCUUUUGGAGGCAAGUAAAA